AUGGCAACCAAUUCCGUCAAGGAAUCCGCCAGCAAGGCGGCCAACUCCGCCAAACAGGCCUCGCAGUCUGCGAUCGAGAACCCUACCCAGACCACAAGGAACAUUCUGCAGAAUCCCUACAUGAAGCUCGCUUUACCCUUCGUCAACGGUGGUCUGGCCGGAAUGACCGCCACCGUCGCCAUUCAGCCUGUUGACAUGGUCAAGGUCCGUCUCCAACUCGCCGGUGAAGGUGCUCGCUCAGGACCGCGCCCCUCCGCACUAGGUAUCACCAAAGAUAUCAUCGCCGCGGGCAAAUUCCUCGACCUGUAUACCGGACUAUCCGCCGGUCUCCUCCGACAAGCCGUCUACACAACCGCUCGUCUCGGCUUCUUCGAUACUUUUAUCAAACAGCUCAAUGCGCGCGCUGACGCCGCAGACCGAAAGGUCACCUUUGCGGAACGCGCCGCCGCAGGCCUCAGCGCCGGCGGUAUCGCCGCCAUGAUCGGUAACCCGGCCGAUCUAGCUCUGAUCCGCAUGCAAUCAGACGGAUUGAAGCCCCCCGAGGCUCGCGCCAACUACCGCUCCGUCUUUGACGCUCUCUUCCGCAUCCCCAAGCAAGAGGGUAUCAAGGCCCUCUGGGCCGGGGCUCUACCUACCGUCAUUCGCGCCAUGGCCCUCAACAUGGGCCAGCUGACCUUCUUUGCCGAGUCCAAGGCCCAGCUGAAGCAGCACACUUCGCUCUCAACACAGACCCAGACCUUCGCGGCCUCCGCUAUCGCCGGUUUCUUUGCCUCCUUCCUUUCCCUCCCCUUCGACUUUAUCAAGACCCGUUUGCAGAAGCAGCAGAAGGAUCCCAAGACGGGCAAGCUGCCGUACCGCGGUGUGAUGGAUUGCGCACGUAAGGUCAUCGCUGAGGAAGGAUGGUUGCGCUUCUAUCGUGGCUUUGGCACGUACUAUGUGCGGAUCGCACCUCAUGCAAUGGUGACCCUCCUCGUGGCCGAUUAUCUCAACCUCAUCACCAAAUAG